AUGGUCGCCGCCGGUAAAGUAAGACCAUCCAAAAGCCCCUGGGCGUUUACAACUGUUCUGGCACCUAAGAAAGAUGGCAAGGACACAGGCGUCACCAUCAACCCCCGGGAGGUUCAAAUUGUUUCAACCAGAAUCAACCACCUCGGUUUCAUUGUCGAGCAAGGCACAGUGCGGUCAGACGAGGAGAAACUCCAGGCCAUACUGCAGCUUUCACCACCAACAGAUGUCAAGAGCCUGCAGGGGUUUUCAGGCAUGGUGGCCUUCUACCGCCACUUCAUCCCUAACUGCGCUGACCUGGCAAGGCCCCUCCAUGAGCUCCUCAGGAAAGGUGCCUGUUGGCACUGGACUGACGUGGAGCAGGGAUCAAAUCAGGCUCUGUCAACGGCUAUCGCGGAUACCGCACGUCUGCGGCUUCCCAACCUCAACCUGUCCUUCUCCGUGCAGACGGAUGCAAAGUGGCACAAAGACUGGGACGUUCGUAUCCAGGAGAUGGCCUUCGCCACGAGGACCACGGUAAACCGGUCGACAGGGGAAGGCAUCGUGGAGCAGGCGACACUCGUCUUCCCGGUCCAGGACGUACGGUGGUUGCUGCAGCCGCGACACAGCAACCAGGUCUCAUCGCUCCUGUGGAAAUGGCACAAGGAACUUCCAACAAGAUUGAAGCUGGCGCAGCGUGUGUUCCCAGGCGCUGGUGCUGCUUGUGGCGUGCGCGAGUUCCUCGCCAUAUCCCCACGUAAAACUUCCAUGUGGUUGGCUUACCAUGUGCCUUCGAGAAUAGUCUCAGUCAUCAACAUCAGCGCUGGCGGCGGUGGUAAAGGAGUCCAACGGAAUUCAGCUGCACUGUUGCCUUGUCUCACCGUCAAGGCCAAGCUCACCACGCCUUCCGUCCACGGGUACGCGUCGAGGAGGAAGAAGAGGCGGCUGGCCCCCGAACCUGGAGCAGCAGUCGUGGCGCCACUGCCACGAGUCGUGCCGCGGUCCGCGUCCGCGCAAGCGGGCGAGGAGGACCGCAUCGGAGGCGGCAACAUGGCCCACGCCAACACCAUGCUCUAUGUCACGCGUGUGAGCUUUUGCAUCUUUGUUUUGUUCGCCAUGUACCUCCUGGGCAUGCUGUUCUACGCGAGGACCACGGCACGUCCAUCGGCACCCGUGAUCGUCUACCAGAAGGCCGCACCGUGCCCAUCCGCUGCUCCGUUGAAGGCGCUCGCUGACAUGCCUUCUUCGACGCCACCAGCUCCACCCAGCACUUCGAGUAGCACAGCUAAGACGGCCCGCGCGUCGUUCGCUGCACCCGAGACAGCCGAAACAGAGGUGCAGCAGCAGCAGCAGCAUUAUCACCUGUUCUGCUUCUUCAACCAGUCGGCGCAACAAGGUCCGUCCACCAUGAGCCUCGACGUGUCCCAGAUACCGGUGGGUCUGUGCACUCACCUGGUCUACAGCUCUCUCGGCAUAAACUCUAGGGGCUUCACGCUUAGCCUAGAAGGCCAUGACGUGGAACAGGGUGCAAUCGAGCGGUUCGCCGCAUUUGGACAGCCCAGCAAGGUGCUCGUCGCAGUGGGAGGGUCGCGCCAUGACUGGCGAGCCUACCAGGACAUAGCCUCAGACCGCCGCAUUGCCAGGGAUUUUGGGCACAAAUUGCGGCGCUGGUUUCAAGACCAAAAUUUUGACGGCGCCGUCAUCGACUGGCCGGUUCCCGCUAAGCAGCGAGACGCGACCGAGCUUGUGCAGGAGGUGAAGCGGGCACUGAAUGGUGAGCAGCUACUCGCCGUUCUCCUGCCACACGACCAGAGGAGACGCCGCAAGAUGUUCGACGUGCGACGUCUGGUCGCGAUUGCAGACUUCCUCCUCUUCCGUAUGUACGGAUCGCACGGGCCCCACCGCACGGAGUAUCCGAUCACAGAGCAGGACAUCUCGCUCUUCCCCAAGGCAGCGCGCUCGGAGACCGGCCGCGACGGGUUCGAGAAGGCUUGCAUGGUUCUGCCAUUGUCGGGGUUGAGCUUCGUGCGCGCCAUCUCCUCGGCGUCGCUGAGUCCCGGAGCUCCGGCCAGAGGCCUGGGCCCCGCGGGCCGAUACUCCCGGCAAGCUGGUAGCCUCGCCUACCACGAGCUGUGCGCCGCCAACUGGACGAAGGUUCACGCGGGCCACUACGGCACGGCGGCCUCCCGUGGCUCAAUCUGGGUCGGCUACCACGACGCCACCCAGCUCGCCCGGAUCGUCCACGUCGCGCGGCGACGCCACGGCGCCAGAUGCUUCGGCCUGUGGGCGCUCGGGGACGACGACUAUCGCGGUUCGUGCGGCGCCACCAAGUUCCCGCUCGUACGGGCCGUCGCGGCCGAGUGCAAAGCCGCCAUUACAACCUAGCGUCUCUUACUUUGCGGCCACGCCACGCUGCACAGACUGCGCUCUCUUCCGGACACACACCUAACGGGGCGCGAACGCGCAUGGACGUCGAUGCUGAGCAUAGUUGGCACGUGUCCUGUGGACGAGCAUCACUCUGUUCUGCGUCCGUGAUGCGACACAUAUCUAACGCUGUGAAACUGAACGGACAUGAACUGGCAUUUUGCGGAGAACAAAGAACAAUCCCACCCCUUUGUAGCACUUUUCUGCUUUCCUCUACCGCAGCGUUUGUCUUCCAGUUCUCCA